AUGCGUACCUCUAUCUUUGCCGCUGCGUUCCUCGCAUCACUCGGUGCUCGAGCCAAUGAAUCUAGCACCCGCACCACCAUUGGACUCUUCUCCCCCACGUGGGACAAUAACCUCCCCGGCGUGACUAGCUUUGCUGCCAGCGUCGCUGGUAUCAAUGCCGAAGCCACCACAUACCAUGUCGGUUGUAUGGAUGACGUCGCCAAAUCAGACUGCGACAUUGCCACUUCGUGGACGAUUACCCAAGGUCCCGAGACCGUGAACUUCGCUGCACAAUACGUCGCCACCAAUCCAGGCGCAGACGGUUACGAUGUUACCGUUACCGAAACGUAUGACUGCUCUUUCAAAUUUUGGUCCGAAUCUGCCAGCUGCACCAUGAGCGCUAGCAUGGGUGGAACCGUAAGAGGAGAUAGUACCGCCUCAUCGUCCUCUUCUUCGGCGACUUAUUCGACGGCAGCCAGCAGCUACUACAAGAUGGACGUCACUGGGGGAGUGAAGUCGUGA